AUGGACGUCGCCAUCCAGCACCCCUGGUUUCGCCGCUCGUUCUUCCCAUCCCUGUUCCCCAGUCGAAUCUUUGACCAGCAUUUCGGCGAACACAUCCCAGAGAGCGAGAUGCUCCCAUCCUUCCCAUCGGCCUACUUCUCUCGGCCCUCCUUCAUACGCUGGCCCAGCUGGUUGGAGAGCGGACACUCCGAGAUGCGAAUGGAAAAAGAUCGUUUCGCAAUCAAUCUGGACGUGAAACACUUUUCACCAGAGGAACUGUCCGUAAAGAUCAGUGGGGACUACAUCGAGAUUCACGCAAAACACGAAGAACGUCAGGAUGAUCACGGCUUUGUUUCCCGGGAGUUUAUCCGAAAAUACAAGGUGCCCUCCGGGGUGGAUCCCACUUCCAUCACCUCCUCCCUCUCCUCCGACGGUGUCCUCACCGUGACGGCCCCGCGCAAGCUCUCGGACGUGCCAGAGCGCACCAUUCCCAUCACCCGUGACGACAAGCCUGCUGUACCCGCUCCUCAGAAGUAA